AUGACUACUUUGCCUCAACGAUCAAACACAACAGCCACCCACAAUACCUUGGGCGCAAGCUCCACCUCCAGCGGCGGCGAUGCGCCACAAGGAGACCCCUCCACUGCCCUCGGCUUGCUCGAGGAGCGUCUCCAGGCUUACAAGCACGCGGUCGUAUACCUCGAAGACUAUGUGAAAGAACUCGCCAAAGCACAGAAGUCAUCCGCCAAAGAUCUCGAGAAGGUGCUCAAGUCUGUGUCUUCACCGCUGAAGGAGAAUCACCAUUUUGAGUCCUCGCUCGGUGGUGUUUCUGGACUCUUCGAGAACAUCAGAGCAAAUAUCCAGAACCAGAAUGCACUACAUGUCGAGACCGAGAAGAACCUGACCGGACAGGUCCUGCCGAUCCUCGAACGAUUACACACGGAGAUCAAGGCGAAGAAUAAGGAGCUGGACAGUGGCGCUGGCAAGGGCGCCAAAGCCGUCGACGCCACACGAAAAGCCUCACAGAAGCAUAUCGAUGGCCUUGCAACGAGUACAGCUAGAUUUGAUUCAGCUGGCGGCAGGAUUGCAGCACAUGACGACCCCUACGUCCUGCAGAGGGGUGUUUUCCACCGACUCAACCAGCAGAUCCUUGAGGAGAACAGCAACAGGAACGACAUCAUUGCUGUCCAGAAUAACUUCCAGCAAUUCGAGUCACAUGUUCUCACGACCAUCCAGACGGCUCUGAACUCGCUUAACCAAUUCAUGAGUGGACAGGCUGAUCGCCAGAAAGCCAUGUUCGGCGACAUUGCAGCCACCGCUAGUAACAUUCCUCUCGACUUUGAGUGGAACAGCUUCCGCGAACGCAACGGCAAUGUUCUCGUUAACCCUAGCGCGCCUCCACGGACCAUGGAUGGCAUUGCUUUCCCCAAUAUGGGACACCGUUCGACCAAACCACUUAUCGAAGGCAGUCUGGAACGCAAAUCUCGUGGUGGCAUGGGCGCUUUGACCGGCUACAAGUCUGGCUACUACGCCAUUUCGCCCGCUGGCUGGCUCCAUGAAUUCAAGGACAACGAUGAUUACAGAAAGGACCCUUCACCAGAGAAGUCUCUCUACCUCCCAGAUUGCACUAUUGGCGCAGUCGACGGCCAGAAGUUCACUAUCAAGGGCAAGGAUUCGUCAGGCAACAAGCUUAGCCAGAAGAUGUCUAUCACUUCUGAGUUCCAGUUCAAGGCUCACACAAACUCUGAUGCGCAACAAUGGCACGGCAUCAUUGCGGAUUUGUCUAGUGGCACGACCAACAGUGUCCCGACGAGUCCUGUUGAGAGUCGGAACAUUACGCCUAUUGCGACUCAGAUGGAACAGCAGCCGGUGCACUCCCAAGUGAACAAUCAGGGACUAGCCACGGGUGACCGUGGGACAGUCGCCAUGCCGGCCUCGCCAGUCCAGGAAUCCGGAGUCGUCGCAUCUCCCACAGCCUCGGGUCGAGCUGCACAAGCAGCUCACGGUACACUGCCUCAAACGCAUCAAGCCGGACCUGGUCCCGCAACGCUGGCUUCGCCAGCAGAUGGUGGCCUGAAUAGAUCACCAAGCGGUGCGGCCGCUGAAGGCAAGCACUAUCAUGGCGCGCCUGCGACCAAUGAUCUUGCGGAACGCGAGUACGUCGCCAAGCAGUAG